UUCCCUGGUGUUAGUUUCAAGCACGUGCUGCUCCGGAAAAUGGGUGCUCUGGCUGAUGUGAAGGAACCCUCUCAUCUUGUCUCGAAAGAGCAGAUUAAAAAGGCAACGCAAACUUUGUGGGAAUAUAAAAAAAAGAAACAAAAUGCUAACACAUUGCUUUUGAAUGAGAAUGAGAAUGUGUUUUUAAUGGUAACAUUAUGGAAAAUUCCCCCAAAUGGAAAAGAAAUCAAAAUACCUUUGCCACAUGGUAUUAGACCUAAUACAAAAGAUGUUUGUUUAUUUACGAAGGAUGAAUCCAAUUUAACUUCAGAACAGACAGAAAAUUUCUAUAAGCAGCUUUUGAAAAAGAAGGGGAUCACAAGCAUUACUGAGGUCAUCCCUUAUGCUAGAUUAAAACAUGAAUAUAAACCAUAUGAAGCUAAACGGCGUCUUUUAAGCAGUUUUGACCUUUUCCUUGCCGAUGAAAGAAUUAGACGACUUUUACCUUCACACAUAGGAAAGCAGUUCUAUCGUAGAAAGAGGGUACCUUUAUCAGUAGACCUCACUACCCGGAAUUUGUCAGAACAUAUCGAUAGAAUUAUCCAAGGAACUUCAUUAAGUGUUAGUAAUCAUGGUUGUUGCAAUACUGCACGUGUGGGUCACACAGGAAUGUCUAUAGAUCACCUAGUGGAAAAUGUUAUUGCUGUGGUGGAUGUGCUUUCAGAAAAGUUGCCAGAGAAGUGGGAGAGUGUAAAAAUGUUACACCUGAAAACAGAAAAAUCUCCUUCCCUUCCAAUCUUUUCUUCAUUUGUUUCCUAUUUGGGUUCUCAAAAACGUAAGAAGCAAAAGCAAAGCAAAAAAGUGACCAUCAAGCCUGCCCAGACUGCAGUGAAGGUUGAAAAUAAGGUUGAAAAUGCUUCAGAAGGUCAUGAACUAGAGGUGGAAAAGGAGGGCAAAGCAGAUUCUGAUUCGGAGGAGGAAAUUCCACAGCUAGUUCCAGUCCAAGCAACAUCUCAAAAGCGCCCGAAGAAAGCAACCCAGAUAAAAGAUUCUAUAGGAGAAGACCUCGGUGCUGAAAUACCACAAGUAAAAACUCCUGGUAAAAAGAGAAAGGCCUCCAAUGCUCUGGAGAUGCCAAAACAAAUGAACAAAGUUUCCACAACUUUGAAGAAGACUCCAGCUAGUGACAAAUGUAAGAAGCCAAGGAUCCAGCCCUCAAAGAACUUGAGAAAAAAAGUAACUCCUCUUUAAAGCCUAUGUCCUGGAAUAGACUCAAGAAACUAAGACUUCAUUUAUUACUCAAAAUAAAGUAGGGAAAACUGAAUGACUUUAAAAUAAAAUUUAUUUUUACUUUUUUUUCUAAUUCAUAUAAAAAAUUUAAUAUUUCAUUGUCAUAGCUAUGAUUGAGUUCCUUAAUAUGCUAUUGCAUUUGUUCCUGAGCAAGUCUUCCUCAUGUAUUUAAAAUGUGUCUGGUCUAUUCAUUUUCUUGGAAAUAUUAGCUUAAGCCUUAUGACUUAAACUGUUUCUUCUCAGAUGUAAUGCAUUUGUUUACUAUGAUAGACUGUUUUAAGUCUAAUAUUCCUGAAGGCAAGAAGUUAAUUUAUACAAAGUUAGUGAAGGCCAGAGAAUGCUAUUUGCUUCUAUAAGAUUUUUCCUUCUCCUAUCCCUCAUUCCUUUCUUACAUCCAAAAGGUCCCAACCUCAAAAGUGGGUUAGAUGUGGAAUUAGAAUUUUCAGGAUAGACUAGAUAAAAUGACUGAAAAUAGUUUUUUAAAAACAAUAAAUAUUUGUUACAUUUGUAUUCUUGGAAUUUUCAUUGGUUUUGAUUGAAACCAAAGACAGUAAAAAAAAUUAUGUGCAUUCGUUUCAAUUUUCUGCCUUUUAUUUUAGUUUGACAAUCCUAGUUAUUAAUAAGUUAUUUUGAAGAAUUGCAACCCAGGAACAGAUUUUUCAAUUAGGCAUAGUUUAAAAUCUAGUAACAAAAAUAACAAAAUUUUUAUAGAAAUGAAAGAACCAUCGUAAAGUUUAGACAAUUGUGGUUAUGGCAAUAUAUCUAGUCAAUAUAAUAUGCUUCUGAUUUGCUUUUUUGUCUUCAAUUUUCUUCUAAAUAAACAUGAUUGAAAAAGUU